AAGGCACACUUACAUCCCUUUUCUGAUCACAUAUUGCAAGAUUUUGCUCAUUCAGUGGUUUCCUGUUAUAACGAGCGCACUCCCACCCAGUUGUGAGAUCAUCUGCUUCCUGCUCAUUCUCUGUUAACGCUUAGUGCAUUUAAUGCGUGUUUGGAAGAAUGUCUGAACGGACAACUACUACAACGAAUAGUAUUGAGAUACUUUAUAAGAAUGAUACAUGCACCAUUCAAUAUUCCUUCGACCAAUGGUUAUUUUCAAUUGUCUAUGUCUUGGUGUUCAUCCUGGGCCUGCCCAUAAACUGCAUUGCCCUGUACGCAGCCUAUAAGCAAGUGAGGCGCAAGAAUGAACUGGGAAUAUACCUCUUCAAUCUAACUGUCGCUGAUCUACUCUACAUACUAACCCUGCCUUUCUGGAUCGAUUUCACUCUGCAUGAUGACAACUGGAGGGCUGGAGCUACCAUGUGUCAGAUCUGCUCCUUUUUGACCCACACCAAUUUAUAUGCGAGCUCCGCUUUCCUGUGCUGUAUCUCCUUUGACCGUUAUCUCGGGGUGGUUCAUCCCCUCAGAACGACUAGAUUCCGCACAAUUAGGACAGCAAUCACAAUUAGCUGUGUUGCCUGGCUCAGCCAAUCAGCUUUCAAUCUUGAACUGUUGAUCCAACCAGAGAUUUCCAACAAUUCCAAAAGUCACAAGUUAUGCUACGAUAUCUACCCCAUCGAGCCUUGGAAAGCAAAUCUCAACUAUUUCAGGAUUGCCUUUGGAUUCCUGCUCCCAUUUGCUCUGAUCUUCAUCUUCUACUGCAGCAUUUACAACUCGGUGAGCAACAGUAUCUCCACACUGCACCAUGAGAAGAGAAGGGCAGUGAAACUGAUGCUGAGCAUUACAGUGGGGUUCACCAUCUGCUUCUUCCCCUACCAUGCCAUGUUGUUGGUCCGAAGCAUCAUGGAGAAGGACUGCAAUGUUGUACAACACAUCUUCAUCCCUUAUCGACUAUCAGUGGCUCUCAUCUGCUUGAACUGCAUUCUGGAUCCAAUCCUGUAUUGUUUUGUGAAUGAGACAGCACGCAGAGAUAUCUUACUUGCCACAUUGCGGAGGAAAGAGAACGCUAUUAGGACCAGGAAACUGCAGGCCAACAACAUGUCAGAGACUGUGAUUCUUUAAUGUUUAAUAAAACAGAGAACGCUAUGAACACUUGUGCAGUACCUGUGGAGGGAGAAAAACAGAGUUAAUGUUUCAGACAGAAUGACCUUUGGUCAGGACCAAAAGAAGUUAGAGCUUGAACAGGUUUGAAACAAGUUCAGAGUUGGGGUAAAUAGAGGGUUAGGAGGAAGAAGCAUCACACAAUUCCAACAUGAGCUCAGAUUGGGGAGUAAAUAUCAAUAUAUUCAUAUGCUGAAUGCACUGUCCAUUAGUUUGUAAUUAUGGAAAAGUGAAAAGGACGGGAGGAUUCAAUGUGUCAUGAUCAAGGGUAAAGGCUGAUUUAGGACAGAGCAACAAUUGGCUGCUUCAGCAUCCAGGAACUGAUAGAUCUGACCAUUCACCAUGACCCAAUUAGCUGCCCAAACCAAAAACAGAAGUUGCUGGAAAAGCUCAGCAGGUCUGGCAGCAUCUGUGGAAAAAAAAAAUCAGAGUUAACAUUUCAGGUCCAGUGAUCUUUCCUCAAAACUGAUGGCAGCUGAAAUAAUGCUAGAAAGGGCUGGGGGGAGGGGGUAAGGAGUAAUCAAUUUUGAACUUGCAGCAUGGGUUGGUACCUGGGAUUUUGAUAUUGUGGUCAUUUCAGAGACAUGGGUAGAACAGAGACAGGAAUGUUGCAGGUUUCGGGAUUUAGAUGUUUCAGUAAGGACAGAAAAGAUAGUAAAAGAGGGGGGAGUGAGGCAUUGUUCGUCAAGGGCAGUUUUAUGGUGGCAGAAAGGACAUUUGAGGAAUCAUCAACUGAGGUCGUAUGGGCUAAGAUUAAAACAGAAAAGGAGAGGUCACCCUGUUGGGAGGUUUCUAUAGGCCUCCGAAUAGUUCCAGAGAUAUAGAG